ACUGUCCCAAACAUCUUCUUAAAAUUCUUACUGGCAUCUCGCGUGGCAAGUGCUUACUUCUCCCAGGCCAAUGCCAGAUCUGAGAAUACCUUCACAUGGGUUCUGUCAGAGAACUCAGUCAUUCUUGGGCAGUACAACCACUCUGAGGCCGUCUAUCCUUAACGUCCCCCACAUCACGGGCGCGGGAGGCUGGGAAGAUGCACUUGAUAAAGCUCGAGAAUUCGUCGCCGAGCUUACUCUCAAGGAGAAGGCCGACAUGGUCACUGGUCAACUUGGCCCUUGCAACGGGAAUAUCUACCCGAUCCCUCGCCUCAACUUUGGCGGUCUUUGUCUACAAGAUGGACCUGCCUCUCUCCGAUCUGCGGACUACGUUAGUGUUUUCCCCUCGGGUGUGACGAUAGCGUCCUCGUGGGAUAAAGAAAUGAUGUAUGAGAGAUCCCUUGCAAUGGGCCGUGAGUUCAAAGCCAAGGGCGCUCACAUUGCUCUGGCUCCGGUCGGCGGGCCUAUGGGUCGCUCACCCUACUCGGGUCGCAACUGGGAGGGCUUCUCUCCUGAUCCAUAUCUCAACGGUAUCGCCAUGGAGAGGUCGGUAAUGGGCCUUCAGGACGGGGGUGUUCAAGCGACUGCGAAACACUGGAUCUUGAACGAACAGGAGAUGCUUAGAAACCCAGUCUACUAUGCUAAUGGCACGCUCCAGCAUGAGGCCAUUUCCUCGAAUGCUGACGACAGGACGGUCCAUGAGAUUUAUAUGUGGCCUUUCGCAAACGCUGUCCGCGCCCGUGCUGCAAGCGUUAUGUGCUCUUAUCAGAGGAUCAAUGGAUCAUAUGGAUGCCAAAACUCCAAGAUCCUCAAUGGUCUGCUAAAAGGAGAGCUCGGAUUCCAAGGCUUUGUCAUGUCUGAUUGGUCAGCCGUUCACACGGGCGUUGCUUCGAUCGAGGCUGGACUCGACAUGGACAUGCCUGGAUACAUUCUCCAGCCUGGCAGCUCCCCAAUUGUGAUCAACGGAACGCAGUCUUUCAGCUCCUUUUUGGGCGGCAAUAUCACCAUCGGCGUUACAAAUGGUACCAUCGAUAUGGAACGCCUGGAUGACAUGGUCACCAGAAUUAUGGUCCCGUACUACGCUCUCCACCAGGACGAAGAUUUCCCCACGGUCGAUCCGUCAGUGGCUCGUUUCAAACCUUGGACGCCGCUUGAUAUCUGGCUGCGCGAGUGGAACCUCACCGGUCCUUCUCACCGUGAUGUCAGAGGCAAUCAUGGCGAGUUGAUUCGCAAACAAGCUGCCGCAUCAACCGUCCUCCUCAAGAACGAAAACCAGGCUCUACCCUUGAAGAACCCCAGAAGAAUCGCAGUAUAUGGCAACGAUGCUGGCGAGGUCACCGAGGGUCCUUUCAACCAGCGGCAGUUCGAGUUCGGAACUCUUGCUAUUGGAGGCGGCUCAGGAGGUGCUCAGUUUACCUACCUCAUCUCCCCUCUUGAGGCGAUCAAGGCGCGUGCUGCCAAGGACAAUGCUCUCGUGGAGGUGUGGCUUAACAACACCAUGGCUAUGGGGCGUGAUUUGAAGCCUUGGCAAGCGAGACCACGGCCAAAUGAGCCAGAUGUCUGCUUGGUUUUUCUCAAAAGCUGGGCCGCAGAAGUCUCUGAUCGUGAAUCACUUGAUCUAGACUACGAUGGCAACCAGCUAGUCGAGGUCGUCGCGGGGUUAUGUGAUAACACGAUUGUUAUUACUCAUUCAGCCGGCAUCAACGUUCUGCCAUGGGCCGAUCACCCAAACGUCACGGCCAUCCUAGUCGCUCACUACACUGGCCAAGAAUCCGGCAACUCCAUAGUUGAUGUGCUAUAUGGCAACGUCAAUCCCUCGGGUCAUCUCCCAUACACCAUUGCAUAUAAUGCCUCAGACUAUAACGCACACAUUGUAACGAACAUCAGCACAACAGGCACAGAUGACUGGCAGUCUUACUUUGAAGAAAAGCUUAAGAUAGACUACCGCUACUUUGACGCUGAAAGUAUCGAUUUCCGUUUCGAGUUUGGCUUUGGUCUCUCAUAUACCACGUUCGAGAUUUCAGAUUUCCUCAUCGAAGCUACAGAUGCGGAAGCAAAUAUCACAUCUCGCCCUAAGGAGCAAGAAGUUCAGCCUGGGGGAAAUCCCGCGCUGUGGGAUACUCUAUACACCGCCAAGGCCGCCGUCCGGAAUACUGGCCGUGUUGGCGGCGCCGCUGUGCCCCAGCUGUACAUCUCGUUUCCUGACAGCACUUCGGCAGGCACCCCGCCCAAGCAACUACGCGGUUUCGACAAGAUCGAUCUUGCACCUGGACAGAAAUCUCAGGUGACCUUUGAGUUGAUGCGCCGGGAUCUGAGUUACUGGGAUGUCAACGCACAGCUGUGGCUAAUUCCCGAGGGAGACUUCACGUUGUACGUUGGAUUCAGCAGCCGUAACCUGACCGAGUCUACGACUCUUACAGUGAUAUAGAUGGCCGUGCUCGUGGGUUCUUCCUCCGGAG